AUGAUGCGCGAUCAAUUCAACAUGCAGUCACUGGGGAAACCUUUAAAUAUCAUGGUCAAGGAGGCCCGGAUAUUGAUGGUAGGAGCUGGUGGAAUUGGAUGUGAAUUACUUAAGAACUUGGUUUUGGCUGGUUUUGGAGAAAUUCACAUUGUAGACCUGGAUACCAUCGAUCUCAGCAACUUAAAUCGACAAUUCCUAUUCCGUCAUGAACAUAUUAAGAAAUCAAAGGCUUUGGUAGGUUGUCUAGUUAUGGCAGAGUUUGGAUAUGUGCUGAUGAGAAAUUUCCAGGUUGCGAAAGAUGCGGCGCAUAAGUUCAACCCGAAAGUCAAACUAGAAGCACAUCAUGCGAACAUCAAGGAUUCACAAUUCAAUGUGGAUUGGUUCAAGGGUUUUACCAUGGUUUUUAAUGCUUUGGAUAAUCUUGAAGCUAGGAGACAUGUAAACAAGAUGUGUUUGGCAGCGGAUAUACCUUUAAUCGAAUCGGGUACAACUGGUUUCAAUGGACAAGUUCAGGUUAUUAAAAAGGGAAAGACGGCAUGUUAUGAUUGCACAAUAAAAGAGACACCAAAGAGUUUUCCAGUUUGUACUAUUCGCAGUACACCAAGUCAACCAAUUCAUUGUAUAGUUUGGGGAAAGAGCUAUUUAUUGAGUGAGGUAUUUGGUGCUAGUGAGGAUGAAUCGACGGAAAUGGAUCAUUCAGAAGAUUCAGAGAAUGCCAAGGAGAUUGAAAAGUUGCGGUUAGAGUCUCAAGCUUUAAAGAAGAUUAAAGAAUCAAUGGGUACCGAUGCAUUUCCCCAACUACUUUUUGAUAAGGUCUUUAAGGAUGAUAUCAUUCGUUUAAGAUCUAUGGAGGAUAUGUGGAAAUCUAGACGACCACCUGAGGCAUUGGAUUACACCACCUUAAAUACAGAAGCUGGAAAUGAUGAAAUCGCCAAGCAAGCUACACUCAAAGAUGAUCAACGAGUUUGGAAUCUACAUGAGAAUCUCAUCGUUUUCAAAGAUAGUCUGGAACGAUUAAGUAAAAGAUUACAAGAAAUGAAAUCUGUCUCAAAUGCUGCCAACUCCGCAGAGCCAAUAAUCACAUUUGAUAAAGAUGAUGAGGAUACUUUGGACUUUGUCACCGCAAGCGCCAAUUUAAGAUCCAUCGUCUUUGGUAUCGAAACAAAAUCUCGAUUUGAUAUCAAACAAAUGGCCGGUAACAUCAUUCCUGCUAUUGCAACUACCAACGCUAUUGUAGCUGGUCUUUGUGUUUUACAAUCAUUCAAAGUACUUCGAGGUGAUUACUCUAGUAGUAAAGAGAUUUUCCUGUCUCCAUUUGCUCCAGAAAGAUUACUCUCCUCUGAUAAGUACCGAGAACCAAACCCAGACUGUCCUGUAUGCAGUGUAGCACAGACUCGCUUAUUGGUUGAUAUGUCAAGAGCUACACUCAAUGAUCUCGUUGAGGGUUUCUUGAAACUUCAACUUGGAUAUGGAGAAGAAUUUGUGGUUAAUAAUGAAAGUGGAUUACUUUAUGAUGUUGAGGAAACGGAGAAUUUGGAUAAAAAACUUAGUGAACUUGGCAUUAAAGGAGAUUCAUUCUUGACAGUUAUUGAUGAAGAUGAUGAAAAUCCAAAGGGUCCUAGAGUUAAUCUAGUACUUAAUGUACAAGAAUCUGACACCGCAAUGGAAGAUUCUCCCAUCAAAAGUCUCGAUAUUAACGUCAACUCCUCUAUCCCUACCGUUCCUAUCAUCUCCGAAGAAUCUACCGCCACAUCUCCUGAAUCACCAAUUCCACGUCGUAAGAAACCUAUCCCAGAACCUGAAUCCAAAGAGCCAACAAAUGGUCAUGCAAAAUCUUCCACUGCGGAAGUCCUUCAAAAUGGUAAUUCCAAUGGUGUCAAAAAGAGAACUGCAUCCGAUGCAUUGGAACAUGAUCCUUCCUCAAAUUCGAAGCGUUCCAAGAUGGAACCGCCCGGUUCAACCAACUUGUCCAUGGAUACUUUGAAUGAUGGUAUUAUUGUGUUGGAUGAUGCGAAUGAUGGAGCUAUUUUAAUUGAUGAUGAUUAA